CCUCUGCCCAGGAAAACUGAUGGGCACCUACAGUGUGGUCCUUGAGUCUGUCUUGUGUGUCCUUCACAGAAGAUUGAAGCGCCUCUUGCUCUGAUUUCAGAAGGUGCAGUUGUAUCUGAAUUUGUUUCUGAGAGGAAAGAAAGAAAGAAGUCCCCUGUGGAAUGGCAUCGUGGUCUGGCAGCCUCAGCAGAAGCACCGGGGAACUCUUGGUGGCUCUUGGGGAGGCAAGAGAUGGGACGGGAGAAGAGAUUCUUAUCCCAGGGACACCCCCCACCCCAAGAAGGACAAUCCAGGGGUGUCUUUCUGCCUCCAGCCACCGCCGUGGACUGAAAAACCUUGAGCUGGUGGGGAACUGGGAGAACUGGGAUUUGGAGCAUCCUGGCAAAUCCCCGGAGCUGGAGAAGGACCUGGCUGGUUCUUGGGGUCCUUCUUGACCCAACUGACCUUGGUGGUGGUGGUGGAGUUGAGGGAUACGCUGGUCUCCCCGGGGGGUCCUUCUGUCUCCUUGGUGGCCCCAGGGAUGGCAGAAGCUCUUGGUGACGCAGGUGAAGUCUCGCCCGUGACGAUGCUGUCGCAGCAGAGAGCGAAGGACGAAGGCACCAAUUUUAGCCUCAAGUGCCUUAAGGACAAGAAGGUCCCCAUCGGGGUCACCUUGGUGGUGGCGGCGUUGCUUCUCACCAUCAUCUCCCUGGCGGUUAAAAAAUGCCCCUCCUGCCCGUCCUGCCCUUCUCCCAUCCUUCCCAGCUGCCAGGAAAAGGGGAUUGGCUUCGGGGAGAAGUGUUUUUACUUCCUGGAGGAGGAAGCAGAUUGGAACGGGAGCUCGAGCUCCUGCCUCACUCUCGGAGCCCAUUUGGCGGCUGUCGACAGCUGGGAAGAGCUGGAUUUCCUCCUGCGCUACAGGGAUUCCUUGCAUUACUGGAUUGGGCUCCACAGGGAAAGUUCUGGACCUUGGAAAUGGUUUAACGGGUCUCUCUACAACAAUUCGUACGUCCCCAGCUUGUCCUGGAGGGAUUAACCAUGUCCUGGGCUGAGGGUCAGGGAUUCAAUGCCAGAAGAUAAAAAUAUAUCUCAGUUUAAUGAGGUGGGAGCAAUUAAACACUGAGUUUUCCUUGAGCUGAAGCACAUGGACCAUGGUCCGUGGACUUGUGCAAUGCAGGGGGUCAAGGACAUCUCUGAAUGAACCCACCUGCCCGGCAUCAACCAACUGAAAAUAUUCCCUUUUUAUGGAGCGGGAGGCGGUUUUUAUUCUCCGUGGGGCGGGUUGUUUGGUGGGAAGGGGGGUCCCCCUGCUCCUCCCAGCACCAUUAAACCCCUGUGGGAGAUACUCAGAUGCUGAUUUGAGGCUGACAGCAACCCGUGUCCUUCCCUUAAAGGCUUUUUAUUAUUAUUUAU